AUGUCUAGCAAUGAAAAGUCCGGAAAGACGAAAACUGUACACUUUAUUCGUCAUGGUGAAUCAACUUGGAAUGUUUGCCGACGUCAGCUCAAACUGAGUGAAUUACCACAACAAGAUCGGCCAGUUCUUGUUGAUGCACCUCUUUCGUUCAAAGGAAUGCAACAAGCAACAACGCUGAAAGAAAAGAUUAAAAAUCUCAAACCAGAAAUCGCGGUGAGCUCUCCUUUCACUAGGACGUUGCAGACAUGCCUAACUUCCUAUGGUUCUGAGAACGUAAUUGUCACAGCGCUCUGCCGCGAGUUUAUGGCGGCCACUUGUGAUAACAUCGGGUUACCGGCAAGCUGCCUGAAGGUCAUCUAUCCGUGCUUUGAUUUCUCAUCUCUGGAGGAGACAUGGUGGUAUAUUCAAGAUAAUAUCAAGUCCCAACCCCAAGCUGUGAAUCUCCUCACACAAGGCAAACUGGUGGUUGAAGAUCAAGACCAGUUUGCAGCUAGAGCAAAGGAAUUUUAUAAGUUUCUUUGUGAACGACCAGAAAAAAGCAUAGCAGUGUAUUCUCACAACGAUUUCUUGAUGUUCUUUCUUUCUGAAUAUUUUGGUUUGACUACUGCUCACAUAUCAAAUGGUGAAGUAUACUCUCAAGAAAUGCCAUGCACAGCCUAG